CUUAGUGCAAACGGACACUGUUUUACCCCCAACUCACCUGGUGGAGGAUUUUCUCAUUCAGGUGUCACAGUGACCACAGAGGUGGAUCUGCAGAAGAGAAUUAUUCAUGGUCAACCAUGUGAGCUUAUGUACCAUGUGAAACUGAGAGGAGUUGCAGCAGAUGGAUCUUCAAACCUGUGUGGUGGCUCACUGAUCAGUGGCCGCUGGAUUUUGACUGCAGCUCACUGUUUGAAGCCAGGAAGGACUAUGUUUGCAGAUUUAAGUGUGCAUCCAGGGGGUCCAGUGCAAGAAGUAAAAAUCACGGCAGAACCUGUGAUCUAUACAGAUAAAGACAGCAACAACAACACCAGUUCCCAUGAUAUCAUGUUACUGCAGUUACCUAGCCCCCCUGAAAUUCAACCUAUAGCUCUUCCUGAUUGUGAAUGUCGACCUAAAAUGGGGGAAAAAGUUAAGAUCGCAGGUCACGCAGCCACUACUGGAGGUCCUAAUGAUGAAAGGAGACCCAGUAAAUCCCCUGAUCUCCACUGUGCAGACAUUACGAUUGUCAGAUGUGAUAACCUCAAAGCUACUUUAAAAAAAAAUUUCAGAAAGGUCUACGAAGUCAAGGUGUCUCAAAAAUGGUUCUGUGGCCAAACACCUGGAGUGGAUAUAUGCUAUGGAGAUUCUGGUGGAGGAGUGGUGUACAAAGACAAGAUUUAUGGUGUUAUUUCUUUUCUUGGAGAUCCUUACAAUGUAUGUAGAACAGCAAGUGCAUUCAUGGACCUCUGCAAUCCAAAAUACGCUACAUGGAUCAGUAAAACUAUUACCUGA